AUGACUCCCUCCCCGGUUGCCUUCUUUUUGCGUGUGUCUUUUCUAACCCUGCAUAUCACCCCGGUCUUCGGGGUUCAAAAGAUCCAACGUGCCCAACCGGAUGCUCCUCGCAUCGUGGACAAACCACUCCUCGCAAUUCAGAUUGGGAGUAUUGCUGGCGCCUACGUGAUCUUCGUUGCUGUCAUCCUAGCUCUGCUUCUGUUUGUCGGACGUCGUCUACGUCGGACAGUCCAGUCCUCCAACUAUACACUGCAUAUGGAGAUGCUGAAGCCUGCCAGACCGCCUGUCAGCAUGGAUCCCAGCCCAGUUUCUCCUAUGUCACACAAUCUUCCCAGUCCCAAAUCAAGUGGGUUCAAGUCCUGGGGUUCAUUGAACAGGAGUACCAGACCUUCUCAACCUUCUGUCAACGGCAGCAUGUUGACCGUCGACGAGUCUAUCGUCGCCACCGACCGACAGCGAGCCCAGGAUGAGAUGGAGAUGCUGUAUGCUGCUGUCAUGGAGCACGAUGCCAAAAAGGCCUCAGCCCCCGAUGUGUCCGGGAAGGAACCAGAGUUUUAUGCCCAGUCCCCGGACAGCCAGCUCACAAAUCCAUUCACGGAUCGUGGCUCCCAUGGCUCUGAUAACUCUCUAGCGCCGUUGAAAUCCCCGACAAAGGGAUUCAACAGUUCCCGCCUGUCAAAACUCUUCAACUCGGGCUCCCGCGCGAAUCCAGAUCCGAGCAAGGUGCGCUCCCCACGUCUGGCCCUCCGCAAAAUGGCCAUAUCAUCCCCAAUGGCUUCGCCGGCUGCGGCUACACCCCGAGCCUAUGAGUUUGAUAACCCGCCCCUCUCGCCGCGGAUCUAUAAUCCCGGUCCUCCACCAGUGGUGCCCAGCCAGCACCCGGCGAGCCAACAGCCUGUGACCCGACAGUCAAUGCUCAGUCCAAUCAAGCCUGCCCCUGGGCGUGCUCGUGCACCAGCACCUGCGCCUCUGAGCUUAGCUACGGCGUCGCCUUCAUCGUCUCUUCCUUUCCGUGAGGCCUACCCACCGCAAAGUGCUCCGGCAACCAAGACUACCAUCUUGGAACGGCCCAUGAAGACCCGCGCGGGCCCGGUCACCGGCAUGGCCACGCCAUACAGCCCAUACAUGCCCUUCACUCCUGUAACCCCCUUCACACCAGGACGCACAGUGACUAAGCGCCAGCGUAAGCGAGAAGAGCGCAGUAAUGGCCUUCAAGUAUUGAACGAGGAUGAUCUGGUCAAGGGUGAUGAUGAUAUUUGGGGAUGA